AUGCAGCGUGUGUUUGCGGCCCAGGCGGCGCCGGUGCCGCUGGCAGACGGCGUGUCGGCGCUGGGGUGCAGCGAAGAGGAGGUAUACAUUGGCACCUCGAGCGGUGCCUUGCACCGCUACGCUCUGGAGCCCCUAGCGCCGUCCUCGUCUACAACGCCCGUGCGCCGUUCGAUCGACCAGAUUACGCGAGUGCCCGGCACGCCCUACCUUGCGCUGCUCUCGUCCUCGUGUGUAGCGCUGACAGAAGCGCCGUACGAGAAAUCGCAGCGUCUUUUUCAGACCCGCGGCGCGCGCUGCUUUGCGGCCGCGACGUGGCACGAGUCGCGUGGCAAGAUCCGGAGCGACGUUGCGGUUGGACUGCGUGGCAUGGACGAGAUUGUGCGUGAGAAGCAAGGCGUGGUGCGGCAAGCGACUGGGGCUGCAGAUGGGGUGCAGGUAUCGAUGCUUGCCGUCGCGUGUGCGCGGCACUUGGCCGUGUACCGCUGGGUCGACGGCGUGUUUUGGGACCGGAAAGAGGUAACCUUGCCGCACGCGCCGCACGCGCUGGCUAUCCUCGCAGGCGCCGGCGUGUUUAUUGGGUGCAGUUCUACCGAGUAUCUGCGGCUCGACGUCCCGCUCGCGUCGCAUUCCAUGGCCGCCGAUGUCGUGCACCGCAGCGAGGAAACGGGCCGAACGGCGCUUGCGGCAGGCGACUGGAUCGACGAGCAUGCGUGGCCUUUGUACAGUAUGGCCAUUCCCGAGCACGAAGGCGUCGAGUCGAGUGCCGGGCUUGCCGCAUGGCUCACACGCACGCCCAAGCCCGUGCUCCUUGCCCUCUCCGACACAAUCCUGUUGGGACUGGAGCACGGCGCUGUGCUGACCGAUGCGAGCGGGCGGAUUCGCAAGUCGCCGCGGCUGGUGUGGGACACGCCGCCCAAGUGUAUCGUCGACGCUGCGCCGUACCUCUUACUGCUUCCGAGUAUGGGCACGGAAAUACGUGUGUAUACGCGCGAUACGCUGCGGCUUGUGCAGACGCUCGUGCUCGAACAUGUGCUGAUGCUUGCUGCCGCGCCGGGGCCGACUGUAUACAUGGUGGAAAGCAGUAGGCCGCGGACGUACACGCUCGACUCGCUCCGCGUCAUGCCGUGGUCUGACCAGCUCGCGGAGUUGGAGAAGAACGGCGAGUAUGAAGAGGCGCUAGCGCUGCUGCAUACACUCGAUACGAAGCGCCUUGCGGAUCUUGCACAGCGCAAGGCGCGGCUGCAGACGCUGCUCGGCGUCGUGCGAUUCCAGCAGGGCGCGUACGAAGAGGCGAUGGAUCUGUUUAUGGAGAAUGACGCAAGUCCCGCCCAGGUCCUUGCCUUGUUUCCUGCGCAUAUCGCAGGGGAAUACACGCGCCAUCCGUCGACCUGGCCGUCGUUUUUCGGCGUGCCGGAAGCGCCGCAGGGCACGGCACAAGAUGCUCCGCCCGCAGCGCUGCAGGCACUUGCGCGCUUUCUCACGGACCGACGCAGAGUGUUGCGCGCAGAGGGAGCGUGCAGCAAGGGGGGCAUGGACGCGAAGAAUGCAGCACACGAUGCAUUCGCGUCUGCUUCCGCCACCACAAACGAUACCCGACUCGCCACUGCCCAAGCAGUCGACACGGCGCUCUUCAAAACGUUUUUGUAUACCAAGCCCGCGCUUGUUGGCCCGUUAGCGCGCGUCGAGAACUGGUGUGUGGUGUCCCAAGUAGAGACUUUGCUCAAAGACCAUGGCAUGUACGACGCACUUGUCUCGCUCUACCACGGAAAAGAAAUGCACCGCGAAGCACUUGCAUUGCUGCGCGCCCGGAGUGCUGUAGACGGUGUACAGCCCACCGUACGCUACCUGCAAGCGCUUGGGGCGCAGCAUGCCGACUUGAUUCUCGAGCAUUCGCGCCACGUCCUGGACCAGGACAGCGCCCAAGGCCUCGACAUUUUCACUGCAGACGCGGGUCAAGUCGGCACACUUGCACGGAUCGACGUGCUCGAGCAUCUGGCCGCGUACCGUGCUGAUGUAGGCAUUGCGUACGCACAGCAUCUCCUUGCACUGGACGAUCAGGACCCAGCCGUGCACAACCGGCUCGCACAUUUGCUUCUUGCGCAGCGGCGCGACGCACAGCUCCUCGACUUGGUACGCAGCUCGUCACAGUACGAUGCACAGCCACUCUUGGACGCACUGCCUCCUCCUCCAGCGCUUGCACAUGUACGUGCACAGCUCUUGGGACGCCUCGGGCGGCGUCGCGAAGCGCUGCGCCUGUACUUGGACAUGCACGAGGUUGCUAUGGCCGAGUCGUACUGCGCCGAGCACACGGAUCCCGAUCUAUGGCAAGCUUUGCUCCAUUUCCAAGCGCAGCAUGCGCCCCUCGACGCACUGCUUGCACUCUUGACUCGGCGCGCGGCCGAGAUGGAUUUGGUCGAAGCACUCCCGCUGUUUCCCGCCCAUGUCCCUGUGCAGCACGUCGCGCCCUACUUGUACAAGGCGCUGCGCGCUGGAUCGACCCGGCGUGCAUCCGCUUUGAUUGUAAAAGGCCUCGCCACAGCACGCGACGCUGCUCUGCACCGCAGCGUCCGGCAGCUGCAGCAGCGCCGCGUCUUGGUGACUGCUUCGCGGACGUGCCCGGCGUGCCAGCGAAGGCUCGGGAAUGCCGUACUGUCGGUCGUGCCAGCGACAGGCAUGACGUUCCACUACUACUGUGCGCAUCGUGUGGCGAAUAAGGGAUAG